GUUUGGUCAGGGAACUAUUUAUUUACUAACAUUACUGUUUACAUGAUUUUGAUUUGAAUAAUUAUCAUGAGGGAAUUCUAUUUAUUAUGAUCAUUUUUUAGGCUGCUUUUCAUCUUUUCAGGGUUUCAGGCGAUGUUUAGUUUGCAUUUAGACUUCACACAGUAGCAAGUAAGUGCUGAGGGGAAUAGCCAAAAUGACUGGCUACAGGGAGCGGCGCGCUUGUGCACCCACGUGGAAGAGUUUUUAACUGCUCGCUCUCGCUCUCUCUCUCUCUCUCUCUCGCUCGCUCGCUCUCUCUCUCUCUGACACACACACUCUCAUUCACACGCGCACACACACUCUCACUCACACGCGCACACACAGGCUGACACGCACGCGCCACAGCUCUCCGGCACUCUCAGUCGUGCAGUCGCGAGCGGCGGCAGCAGCAGCGCGCGCGGGAUGCUCUCGUGGACGGUGUGUGUGCACAGGAGCCCUGCGAUUCCUCGUGCGUAGAGCUGAGCUGGCGGGCACCGUGGCUGGGAGGUCGGCUUGCGACUAUCCUCAUCCAACCGCCGUUUCCUGUGACGCGGCAACCGAGAGCCACAGCAUGGUGGCCAAGGAUUACCCGUUUUACCUGGUGGUGAAGAGAACGAACUGCUCGCUCGAGGUGCAGACGGAGCCUAGCAACAAGCGAGCGAAGCCUCUGUCUCGAGUCACCUCGCUGGCUAACCUCAUCCCACCGGUGAAAGCUGCUCCACUGAAGCGUAUCGGACAGACGCUGCAGCGCUCCAUCAGCUUCCGCAGCGAAAGCAGGACGGAGAUCAUGCCUCCUCGGCCAUGGAGCAGACAGGCACCGGCGGCCAACACCAAGCGCAGAGACAGCAAGCUGUGGAGCGAGACCUUCGAUGUAGGACUGGGACAGAUGCUGUCCUCUAAAGAGAUAAAAAGGCAGGAGGCCAUUUUUGAGCUGUCUCAAGGAGAGCAGGACCUGAUUGAAGACCUCAAGCUGGCCAAAAAGGCCUACCAUGACCCUAUGCUGAAGCUCUCCAUUAUGACAGAACAUGAACUCAAUCAGAUAUUCGGCACCCUGGAUUCCCUCAUCCCGCUGCACGAAGAUCUGCUGAGUCGACUCAGAGAGGCCAGGAAACCCGAUGGCUCUACAGACCACGUGGGACACAUUUUAGUGAACUGGCUGCCCUGUCUGGACUCCUACAACAGCUACUGCAGUAACCAGGUGGCUGCAAAAGCCUUACUGGACCAUAAAAAGCAGGACCACCGAGUACACGACUUCCUACAGCGCUGUCUGGAGUCGCCCUUCAGUCGCAAACUGGACCUGUGGAACUUUCUGGACAUCCCACGCAGCCGGCUUGUCAAAUAUCCACUGCUGCUACGUGAGAUUCUCAAACACACACCUAACGACCACCCGGAUCGGCAGCAUCUGGACGAGGCUAUCCACAUGAUCCAGAGCAUCGUGGCCGAGAUCAACAUCAAGACGGGCGAGUCGGAGUGCCGUUAUUAUAAAGAGCGUCUGCUCUACCUGGAGGAGAGCCAGAGAGACCUUCUGAUCGACAGCUCUCGCAUUCUCAGCUGCCACGGAGAGCUAAAGAACAACAGAGGAGCUAAGCUACACGUGUUCCUGUUCCAGGACGUGUUGGUGAUCACGCGAGCCGUAACCCAUAACGAGCAGCUCUGCUAUCAGCUCUACCGGCAGCCCAUCCCGGUGCGGGACCUCGAAUGGGAGGACCUGCAGGACGGCGAGAUCCGCCUGGGCGGCUCCAUCAGAGGGGCUUUCAGCAACACCGAGAGGACCAAGAACUUUUUCCGGGUGACGUUCCGCAGUGGAGGUCAGCUCCAGUCGCACUCCUUCCAAGCCAGUGACACCUUCAACAAGCAACAGUGGCUGAACUGCAUAAGGCAGGCUAAAAUAGCGACCGGCUCUCAGCCUUCCCAGCACACGGCUCCCGCUCAGGACAAAACCGAGGAGCGCAUGGACCAAAGCGACAGCGACUGCUCAGACUGUAGCAUGGACACUAGCAAUCCCGCCGCCGAGGCUGGAACGCAGCUGAUGGAGCACGCACACGUGGACGUGUGAACACCGCGCUGUGGUUGUAACGUGAUCGGACAUCUGCAAUCAUCUCCGCUCACCAAGCCGACCUGUACAGUAUUGUCAUGGAGAAGCCAUCUGUACUUUCAGUAGAAGCCACAGAGUAGAGAGAGCACUACUCCCCCCCCCACCACCCCCCACCACUACUUUAUGUUCAUGUCUCUUUCUAUCUGUCUUUCUCUCUCUGUGGUGCAUUCUGUCGCACUCCCAACUGUGAAACUGUGUCAGGUUUCCUGUCGUAUGAACGGGACUCGGGUGAAGGGAGGACUCACUAAUUUGUCAUUCCUCAUAGAGCGAACUAAAAGUGGCCCUCUGAGGAGAGGAAAGUUUCCACGUUGAAAGACGCAUGAUAUUUAUGUCCACGUACUGUGUUAUGUCUGCGAUAACCACCCAGACAAAACGACCAGAGGAAUGUUUUCACGACAAUCAAGAAGUUUUGGUGGCUCACAGUGUUGUAAAGCCUAAAGGGUCAUAUUGACGUUUCUGCAGUUAUUCGAGACCGAUCUUGAAGUUCUCGAGGUCAUGGAGGCUUUCCAUGCUCACAAACGCAAGACAUGACGGGAGUGAAGCCAGAACCGUGCAGCUUUUAUGAUGACCGUGAUUCCACACGUCUUGUGUAUGUGUAUCCAUCCCGACGUUGGAGCGCAGGCAAACUGUGUCCACAUGUACAAAAAAAAAAAAGCUGUUUGUACGUUUAAUGAACUAAAAGUUAUAGCUGUCAUGCUGUUUCUCAUGCAGACUAGGUUUUAAUUAGAAGAGCUGAAUCCAGCUAGAAAAUGGAGCUUAAUUUCAUUAAAGCACUUUGAUUGAGAAUAAAAAAUAUUAACCUGUUUGGCAGAAAAAUCAGAUUACCAUAAUGACAUUUUUUUUUUUUUUUUUUUUAAACAACAACAAAAACAUCAGUUUUGUGAAAAUGUAGCAGACGAUCUCACUUGGUAUAAAGUCAUAAUCGCUUGUGCCAUGUUGCUCAGCACAACUCGUGUCUUUUCCCCAAGUGUUGUGUGUGUGUGUGUGUAAGUGUGUGUGCCAGUGUAUCACAUCAUACUCUGCUAAAAGCAAUGCCAAAAAGUGUUUUAAUCCUGUGGGGUCUCGUCGUUUUGUUCCACGUUUGAGGCAUCGGCAUCGCCGCUAUAGAAAUUAUUCAAAAUACAGUAUAACGUUUUUAUUGAUUCCUUUUUUUUUUUUUUUUUUUAAAGAAAUGUAUUAAAAUUUAUGCAGUAGUGUGGUUAUUUAUAGCUUAUUUUUCACUUGACCUAACUAUGCUGUUCUUUUAUUUCAAGUGCUCAUAAAACAGGAAGUGUUACUGCAGGUGAGCGAAGUAGAAGUUUUAAGGAAAUGGAAGCAAAGCCAUGUGGAGGGAUACGUGACCGUGUGACGAUUGUGUUAGCACAGUAUGCGUGUAUACUGAUGGAACGAUGGUAAAGUGUGUAAUGAGUACCGAAUAAAUGAUUUAAAACA